AUGAAGUCUACCCUCCUGUACCUUCUCGCCCCUCUGGCAGCGUUGGCUGCUCCCACUGAGCUCGCCGAACGACAGUCAGCAGAUAGCAUCGACACGUUGAUCAAGGCCAAGGGAAAACUGUAUUACGGAACUUGCGCCGAUCAGAACCGCCUAUCAACCGGCAAGUCUGCCGAUAUCAUCAAGGCAGAUUUCGGUCAGGUCACCCCCGAGAACUCGAUGAAGUGGGAUUCGACCGAAUCCUCGGAAGGAAAGUUCAACUUCGCUGGAGGUGACUACCUCGUCGACUGGGCGACGACAAACAACAAGACCAUCCGUGGCCACACUCUUUGCUGGCACUCCCAGCUCCCCGGCUGGGUUUCCAACAUCAGGGAUAAGACGAAGUUGACCUCGGUCCUCGAAAACCACGUUACUACCCUAGUUACCCGAUACAAGGGCAAGAUUCGCGCCUGGGACGUUGUGAACGAAAUCUUCAACGAGGAUGGCUCCCUGCGCCAGUCUGUCUUCUCCCAAGUGCUGGGUGAGGACUUUGUCCGCAUUGCCUUCGAGGCCGCUCGUAAGGCCGACCCUGAUGCGAUCCUAUACAUCAACGACUACAACCUUGACCAGCCCAACGCUGCCAAGCUAACCAAGGGUAUGGUCGACCACGUUAAGAAAUGGAUCGCCGCCGGUGUUCCCAUCGACGGUAUUGGAUCGCAGGCUCACUUGACGUCCGGUCUUGCCAGCCAAGCCGCUGCUUCUAUUAAGGCCCUCGCCGCCACUGGUGUUAAGGAGGUUGCUUUCACAGAAGUAGACAUAGUCAAUGCACCUGCUGCCGAUUACACCGCCGUGACCAAGGCUUGCCUCGACGAGCCUAAGUGUGUUGGUAUCACCGUCUGGGGUGUACGAGAUCCCGACUCAUGGAGAGCCAGCAACAACCCCCUCCUCUUCGACGGCAGCUUCAACCCUAAGCCCGCUUACACCGCCGUCGUUAACGCUCUUAAAUAA